AUGGUUUACGACUUCGUGGGCCCGUACGAUCGCCCAUUCCGUGGGAUACGAGAGUGGUGGUUCGGCGAGCACUUGCCGUGGGACAGAGCGUUCCCCAAAGCAGUCUUUUCCACCUCCUUCAUCUGUGCGGCAACGGCAGACUCGUUGACCUUGGUGGCCUACGUGAAGAGCCGCUUCGUCGCACCCAUCAAGGGAAUCUCGAACGUGCCCUAUAUUAGUCGUCAUAAAGAAGGAAAUCAUACGAAUCGAGAGAGUGACGAAGGUGAAAUAGAAAUAAGAGGUCCUGUCGAGAUAAUGAUUGUUGAUUUGGAUUUCUACCAAUUGUCGCCCGCCUCCGCCUCCGCCACGGCAGGGACAACAUCAUCGAAAACCUCAGUACUACCUUCAGCAAAUAAGAUGUCAGCAGAAACUAGUUCCUUUCUGUCCAACUCCGAGAAUGCUCUCGGUUUCAAAAUGCGCAUAAAUUACAAUUGGUGCAUGGCGGAUCUGUACGGCUUACUGGUCCAAAUGAAUCGGCGAAUUCUUCCAAAAGUAACCAAGCUGCGCGAAGGUCUCUGGUAUCCACCACGCACUAUGUCGGGUAUUCCAGCCCCAAAUUCUCGCUUCGUACUCCCGGAGACAACCGGGAAAAGCCAAGCCCUUGUGAGCAAGCUUUUGAAUUCACAAUUUUUUCGAAAGAAAGCUUCCUCUAGCUCUACAUCACCAUCCAGAUCUACAUUCCUGAACGAGCAGAACGACAUUAACGGUAGCAACCACCAAAAAGUAGGCUUCCAUCUUCAUCGAAGCCAGAAGUAUACUCAAAGAAUGUGGUCGACCGCAAGCAAUACUUCUGAAGAUGUUGAUGUUACAAGUACUGGCACAGGCAGGCAUCGAGUUAUAGCCUCUCCUUCUACAACUGAGGUGGAUCCCAACGACAGAACUACGAUUCUUCGCCGUGGGCGCAAGAACGACGACGAGGAUCUUGUCGACAAGUGGGAAAACCUAUUCACGGAAGACGUUUUGUUUUAUGGGAAUCCGUUUGGCAUUGGGCGCGCAGAAAGUGUGGAAGAAAUUCGAGGCGAAAUAUUUGAAAAGAUUCUAGAUCGUGCCUUCGAUUCCUACUUCGUGGAGCCGGACAUUGUCGUGUGCGAGGGAGAAUUCUGCGGAAUCCACGCGCACCUUUGCGCCUCCGUUUGGAGGAAGAGCUCGUGGCUGGGGGUCGCACUCGACUACGACGACCAGAACUACACUCGUAACCACAUGAGCAGAACUACAACAGGACGUCGAAAGGCUGUUGAAUCUCCCACCUCCUCGACGCCUUCCUGCAUGUACCGGAUUCGAUUUGCGUUACACUUGAAUAUCGAGAAGGGUGAGAAAAUUAAAGACGCCUAUUGGUUAAUCGAUCUUUUGGGCGCUUUUAAACAGAUGGGUCGGGACCUCGUAGCCGACGCGAAAAAGCUUGUUUAGUUGCUAACGGAUGCUCUGUG